UGCAGGAAGGUGUUGAAUGGACGGACUCAAUGUGUGGAAGAUAACAGACUGGGCACAAUCAACGCUGACGUUCUACGUGGAAGCAAUGAUGGUGUCAAUCAUCACACUGUGCAUUGCUUUGCUGUAUCAUGUGGCAGCAGAGCAUCUUGAAAUGAUUGAAAAGCCGGUGAGCUUCUCGGACGCCGAGAAGGAAUGUGUUGCCAAAGGUGGCCAUCUAGCGUCUAUACAUGACCGAAACCACAACGACAGGUUGAAAGACACAUGCAGAGGUUCCGGUUCUCCGCACAACUGUUGGAUUGGUCUGAAGCAUGACGGACAAACCUGGCAGUGGACCGAUGGCACCAUGGUGGACUACACAUUCUGGCAUGGCGGCAGCCCCACCACUGAGACCGGAACGGUGUGUGGCGCCCUCCUCCGUCAAUACACCGACGUUGGCGAGUGGAUAUCAGAGAAAUGUGAUGCUCCCGAGACCCACGCAGUGGCAAUCUGUUCGACUGGUGGAUCCCAGAACCCCAACACAGGACGCCCGAACACAGGACAUACCAACCAACCAGUCAUGUCACAACCAGCUGUGACGUCACAACCCGUCACCAUGGCAGUAACUGAUUUAGGGACAGCUCCCGCUCGAAAGGGAACACGGUUGACUGUGAAGGGGACUCACUUUGAACAGAACGGCAAGAAGGUUUUUCUAUCCGGAGUUAACCAGGCCUGGAUAGCCUACGGCUACGAUUUCGGAGACAAUAACUACGAAUACAGACACUUAGAAUUUGAAAAGUACCUGAAGUUGGUUUCUCAAAACGGCGGCAAUUCUAUACGUGUGUGGGUACAUAUCGAGGGAGCUGUCACUCCCCAUUUUGACGCAUCUGGCAUGGUCGUGAGCCUGGAUCAAAAGGGCACCUUUAUCAACGACAUCAAGAAGUACCUGCGGAAGGCCCUGGAGUACAACAUCCUCAUCUUCUUCUGCCUGUGGAACGGGGCCCUAGCACAGAACGACCACUUCAAGCUGGACGGGCUAAUCAAAGACGAGGCAAAGUUGCAGUCGUACAUAGAUAAUGCCUUGAUCCCGUGGGUGAAGGCAGUGAAAGACGAACCCGCUAUGGGGGGCUGGGACAUCAUCAACGAGAUGGAGGGAGAAAUCAAGCCCAACCUGGCCAACGCAGAACCAUGUUUUGAUACAAAAUUCCUGCUUAACUCUGGGGCAGGUUGGGCGGGCAACAAGUAUACGGCAGAGGAGUUUCUGAAAUUCAUAAACUGGCAGGUAGAUGCUAUCAGACAGGUUGAUCCCCAGGCGCUCGUCACGGCUGGGUCUUGGGAAGCGAGGGACAAUGUUGACAAAUGGGCAGGCUUCAAUCUGUACAAAGACGAGUGCCUUGUGAAGGCUGGGAGCAAAAAGAUGGGCACGCUGACAUUCUAUUCGAGUCAUACGUACUCCUGGCAAGGGAAAUAUAGCGAGUUCUCCCCCUUCAAGCACGUCUUCGCCGACUACGGGCUUAAGAAGCCGUUGGUGGUAGCCGAGUUCAACCAGGUAUCAGGGGCAGGGAUGGACAUCGUUGACCAGUUCAAACACCUGUACACAAGUGGUUACGCUGGUGGAUGGACCUGGCACGCAAAAGCUGACGGCAGCAACACUGACUCAACGGCCACUCAGAUGCGGGGACUCCUUUCACUGAAGGGCAAGGACGACCUGACGAGCGGAGGCAUGAUUCCGCUUACGCUGUGAUCAGUCAGUGUCGAAUCUAACAGUGCAGGAUUAUAUGCAAUAGGUUAAAGGCAGUUUAAGAAAUAAACAUUGGCAUAUUU